ACCGUUCAUUCGUUUUCGUGCCGCUUACAAUUUGCAUUGAAUCACUUUUUCAUUUCUUUUCUGUUUAUGUUUCUGUUUGGGUCAACGUCAACGUCAACAAAAUGAUUUGAAUAUUAAUCAGAAAAACCUAGCCUGAAAAUCAAAAAUUUGAAUUCUACGCGGUGAAGCCAGACAGGCAGCAAGAAGGGAGUGCGUCGGUACUGCGACACCAACGAGACAUCGGCGAGAGAUAGACACACGUACAGACAUAUGUAUGUACAUUUGCAUGUGUGUACAUAGGUUCUAGAAGCAGAGGUUGCGGCAGCAGCGUAAGAAUUUUGACGUUGCAGUUCGACGAACAGAAAAUAGAAAUCGAAAAAUCAGAAACCAGCCGGCAGCAGACAUUUGGAGUUGAGUUUCGGGUAUUGUGUCCCAAGAGAUUAAAGGAAAGAUUAAGGAAAUGGAGAAUUCGCAUGUACUGAGCAUGCUUGGUGGCUUGGCCAUCGGCAUUGUCGGCUUUCAGUUCUUCCGCAAGGUCUUGCCAUGGAUAUAUUCCAACGUGGUGGGACCGAAGGUCUUUGGAUCCACCGUAAACCUCGCAAAAAUGGGCGAAUGGGCAGUUGUUACCGGGUCUACCGAUGGAAUUGGCAAAGCCUACGCCAAGGAGCUUGCUCGCAAAGGACUUAAACUGGUGCUAAUCAGUCGAUCCUUGACUAAACUGAACGACGUUGCCAAGGAAAUAGGCGAUGAAUUUGGCGUGGAGGUGCGUGUCAUUGAUGUGGAUUUCACAGGCGGUGCUGAGAUAUAUGAGAAGAUACGCGAGAAAACCACUGGCCUGGACGUCGGAGUGCUGGUGAACAAUGUAGGAAUCAGCUACAGUCAUCCUGAAUACUUUUUGGACUGCUACAAUGCGGAUCCGAUGUUUUUGAACAAUAUUGUGGCUGCUAACGUACACUCGGUAACUCAUAUGAGCGCAUUGUUCUUGGCGGGCAUGAUUACCAAGCGCAAGGGAGUCAUCAUAAACAUCUCGUCCACUGCCGGCGUUAUUCCGAAUCCCCUGCUGAGUGUUUACAGUGCUACCAAGGCUUUUGUCAACAAGUUUAGCGAUGAUCUGCAGACGGAGUACAAGGAGCAAGGCAUUCUCAUUCAGAGUGUCCAGCCGGGCUUCGUGGCCACUAACAUGUCCAAAAUCCGCAAGCCCAGCGUGUUUGCGCCGUCACCCGAAACCUAUGUGAAGUCGGCACUCUCAACUCUCGGUAUUGCAAAACAGACCGCUGGAUAUCUACCCCAUGCCCUUCUCCAGUUGGUUAUCCACUUCACAGAAGCUGUCUUCGGAGAUCAGUUCGCCCGCAGUUUGGUUCUAAAGAAUAUUUUGGGCACUCGUAAACGCGCACUUCGUCGCCUCGCCAAGAAUCAGUAGAUCAUAUGACGCUCUUGCCUGCAGUGCUGGCACCUAAUGAUAGAAGGAUGCAUUUGAGGUGGUCGGUAGCCAUAGCGAACGAAAUGUGACUAGAUAAUAUUUAAUCAAGUGUCAUACAUACAUACAUACAUAUGUACAAAUGUACAUUUAUUUCCAAACAUCAAA